AUGGAGCUGGCACGGGCGCGCCGGGGCCUGCUGACCUUUGUGGUGGGUGGCGAGCCCUUCGAGGUGCCUUGGCCCUUCCUCUCGCUGCACUCGCCGGUCUGGGCCGAAAAGCUGGCAAAGGAGCCAGAGAAGAAGGUGAUUGAGCUGGAGGGGGAG